GUACGGCCGAGGCAGAUCGGACGCCUCCAUACGAGAAAACAGAGCAAACAACAAUUGCAGUCUGUCUAGGGUUUUAAUAUGGCGACAGAGACGGAGGGAAGCGCCGCGGAGCCGGGGGCGGCGGCUGAGGUGAAGCAGCCGCAUCGUUUGGAGAGGAAGUGGACGUUCUGGUUCGACGUCCAGUCGAAGCCCAAGCAAGGUGCCGCUUGGGGCACCUCCCUCCGCAAGGUCUACACCUUCGACACCGUCGAGGAGUUCUGGUGUUUGUAUGAUCAGAUAUUCCAGCCAAGCAGGUUGCCUCCUAAUGCAGAUUUCCACUUGUUCAAAGCGGGGGUUGAACCCAAAUGGGAAGAUCCUGAGUGUGCCAGUGGUGGGAAGUGGACUGUUACAAGCAACAGAAAGUCUCAGCUUGAUUUGAUGUGGCGAGAAACUUUGUUGGCAUUGAUUGGGGAGCAAUUUGACGAGGCUGAUGAAAUUUGUGGAGUUGUUGCUAGCGUACGUCAGAGGCAGGACAAACUUGCUUUAUGGACAAAAACUGCUGCAAAUGAGGCUGUGCAGAUGAGCAUCGGGAGAAAGUGGAAGGAGAUCCUUGAUGUGACUGAUAAGAUCAAUUACAGCUUCCAUGAUGACUCUAGAAGGGAAAGGUCGGCAAAAGGUCGGUACAGCAUAUGAGCUCAUGCCCUUUGUGCCUGUUCUCUCUUUUAUCAUAUAGUGAGAGGAUUGAACGGGGGCAGGGUAAAUGUCAUUUGCUGAGCUUUGUCGUUUCGAUUGUACCUUUUGCUUUCAAACAUGUGAGUUCACUGAUGGUUGAUGUAAUGGUUUUGGGGGAGGGGCAUAUUUUCAUGUUUACAGAAAGUAAUACAGUUUGUUCCAAAUUUUAAAUUUAUUGUUCGUCUUCCUUUGUUUAUUUCCUGAGAUAAUUUUGUUUGGUGGACAAGUAGUGAACAUAGUUUCUCCA